AUGCAGAAUCUGAACGAGACGUCAGGCAGUGCCAACCUGUCUGUGAUCGUCAAGGUGUGUGUGGUCAUCCCAUUCUUCUGCAUCUUCCUCUACUGCAUUGUGAUCAUGCUACACAUCUUUGCAUCUCACAGACAGUUCCUGGAGAGUUCACGUUACAUCCUGUUCGCCUACAUGUUGAUCAAUGACACCCUGCAGCUCCUUACCUCCGUGCUGCUCUUCCUCCUCGUGAUGGGCCAGGUACGCAUCGCCAGUGUCUACUGCAUGCCUCUGCUCUUCUUCUCCACCGCCACCUUCCAGAACACACCUUUGAUCCUAGCCACAAUGUCACUGGAGCGCUACGUGGCCAUCUUCUACCCCCUGCAGUGCCCACCUGCCUGGCGUUCAGACCGCAUAUGGAUCAUCAUCCUGGUCCUGUGGCUGGUCAGCAGCAUCCUGCCCAUAGUAGAUUACUCCUUGGGCAAGGUCCAGCCUGGCGUUGACUUCCUGUCCACCCCCGUGCUGUGUAAAACUGUGGUCCUGAGCACCUCGCCAAUACAGACUCUGUUCAAGGUCACCCUCAACGGGUUGUUCUUUGCCGGGGUGGCGGCCAUCAUCCUGUUCACCUACAUGAGGAUCCUGCUGGAGACCAGGAAGCUGCGACAGGACAGGGCGUCGGUGGGAAAGGCCAUGCACACAGUGCUGCUCCACGGUGUCCAGUUGCUGCUCUGCAUGAUGGCCUUCACACACCCGAUCACAGAAAGCGUGAUUGUGCUGCAGGUUGGCUGGCUGAGGGAGCACAUUUCCUUCUUUAAUUACUUCUGCUUCAUCCUGCUGCCUCGCUUCCUCAGCCCGCUCAUCUACGGCCUGCGGGACGAGAAUAUCAGAGUCCACAUGAGGAGAGCUGUCCCCUGCUGGUCAUACACGGUCGCACCCAGAACCAGGGUCUUGGCCAAGCACAGGGGUAGAUGA